GCCUGGGAGAGCAUGCUCUACAUAGAGUGCGCGUGUGCAGCGGUGAUGGGCUGUCGAAGCCUCCCCAGCAAUUGACAUACCCACUGCAGGCUACGUGUCAUUGUGUAUUUUUCACGACCAGCCACCCAGCCCAAGUCACAGUCGACAAUGUUUCAAUUGAAGCGACAACUCAUCCGCCGCGCCACCGUCGUCGCGACGCCGUUGUGCCGAAGUGUGGUCAGUUCCGCCCAAGCGAGAGUGAUUCGAGGGACCGAGCCCAAAACGAUCGGCCCAUUUGAAGUCAAGCGGGUGACGCCAGAGUGGAACACAGCAAUUGCUGCACGCGACAUCCGCAAGGACGAAGUGAUUGGCACGGCUCGAGGCACGAUGUACGACGCCCCCACGCGGUUUACGAUUCAAAUGGCGCACGAUAAGCACGUCGAGAUCUUUGGUGGGUUGGAGUAUGCCAACCACUCGUGCAACCCGAACGCGUCGUUCAUCAUGUCGGAAACGGAGCCCGUCGUCCAGUUGGUUGCGAUCAAACCGAUUGCCAAAGGCCAGGACAUCACGUUCGACUACAACACGACCGAGUGGGACAUGGACGAAAAGUUCGACUGCCAAUGUGGCGAUGCCGCGUGCCGCGGUAACGUCCAUGGCGCCAAAUUCCUCAACGACGCGGACGUGCUCAAGCUCCUACCGCAUUUCUCGUCGAGCAUCCUCCGCCACCUCCUCAAGCUCAAGCUCGUCCACGGAUAGAGUGAUGUAGUGCCAGAACGAACGUACAUAUUUAUCCGACGACGCUCAAGUGUUUGGACACUUCUAUGAAAAAUUGCUAGAGGACAGAAAUAAUGCGAUGGAAACGACAUGGAAUACGCCCUCUCCUCAUCGCUAAUCGCAUAAUUCCUAGGUAAAAACCAAGUCAAACGCAACAGCGCCCGGACAAAAAUCCCUCAACAGGCUGCUCUGGGAUCGCUUUUGUCGACCUUUCACAUAUUCACGUAUCCUUUAGGAAUGCGGUCUGAUGCGUAAAUGCGCAAUUUUUGAAUCAUGGAUUUCAUUCUGGUGAUCAACCG